UAGUAGUAGUCCAUUGUAGGCUCAACGAAAUCCAAACUCCAAUGAAGAUACAAAACCUGCUGCCAGCGCUAGCAGCAUUUCUCGGCGUUCUAAGCUACGCUAGUUCCAAUCGCUACAAUGGUUACAAACUGUACGAAGUGCCCGUCAACACUGGCCACGAAGUCCAGCUUCUGCUAUAUCUUCAGCACCACCGUCCAAGUAUCGACAUUUGGGCCCUAAGCAAGGUCGGCCCCAAGCGGGUGCUUGUGCCGCCGGUCUUGCAGAAUACUGUCGAGUCCUUCUUCAAGGACUACCACAUCAACUACACCGUGAGGGUGGAAGAUUUCGGAAAAAACUAUUCGGUUAACCUUUCGCCAACGAUGCAGCUGGAAGAGCCGACCUUCCUGAACAGUUACCCGACGUAUGAGGAGAUCAAUGAUUACAUGGUUCAAAUUGCGACCGAAAACUUCGAGUGGAUUCGGUUUCGUAUCAUCGGUUGGUCUGUAGAAGGUCGUCCGAUUCGAGCAAUCACGAUUAAUCCCGAUAAAGAGCAGACGAUUAUUGUGGACGCAGGGAUCCACGCCCGAGAGUGGAUCACCGUGUCAACGGCACUGUACCUAAUCAAGAAACUGAUUGAAGAUGGCGAUCAGUACCGCGCUUUACACGAGUAUAAAUGGGUUAUCAUUCCUUUGGUGAAUCCAGAUGGCUAUAUUUAUUCAAUGGAAACUGAUCGAUACUGGCGGAAGAACCGAAGACGUUUGAGUGACAAGUGCGUUGGUGUGGAUUUGAACAGAAAUUUCGGGUUUAGAUGGGACGUAGGAGAAUCCUUGUUUUCCGCCGAGUGUCAUCCAGGAUUUCGAGGGUAUGCUCCAUUUUCGGAGCCGGAAACAAGAGCCCUCCGAUCAGUUAUAGAUAACAAUCCAGAUGCCGAGUUGUACAUCAAUUUGCACAGUUUUGGUGGAUUUUUGAUUCAUCCGUGGAGCUUCCAGAGCAACCCGGUGGAGAAUGCUGAUGACUUGCGGAAAGUUGGGGUAUCGGCAGCGAGGGCAAUGUGGCAUUACGGUCACCAGGAGUACAAAGUCGGAUCGAGUGCGGAAAUAUUGCGCUACCAGGCCAGCGGGACCAGCAUAGACUACGCGUACUCCGUGGGCAUAGAUUUCCCAUUUGCUAUGGAGAUUGCCGAAUAUGGGUACAGUGAUUUCCAGCCACCAACGAGUGCCAUUGUUGAUAUUGUUAAGGAAUCGUUUAUUGGUAUAAAAGAGCUCGUGUAUGCAAUCCGAAAGUUGAAGUCACCAACCAAAAAGAGAGGCUCGAGAGGUCGUUAAAACUGAGAAGGGAUAAUCUUCGAUGAACAUUUUGUAGUGCUUUGUUCGACGAGAUAAGCCGAGCGUAUAAUAAUGUGUUAAUUUUUACGCUGAUCAAACAUGUUAAUAAGAUAUAUGAUUUCUUGGUCAUAAAAAAGGUAUUGCAAUUUCAUGGAAGCUGUCCACACACACGUCUUAUACAAUUUAAAUACAAAAAAAUAAUAUCAGGUGGAUUAAUACACAGUUCCAAUAUUUAAAUUCCACACUGCUUAAGUGCGUACCAAAAAAGCCCAACCGAAAUUGGACUCUCAUCUCCUGCGACGCGACGAGUACCCAGCUUGAUAAGUGUGAAUAUUCAACAAUCUUAAUUUCUCGAUAUCCACCAAAUUUACUGCAUUUCGGUGCGUGGGUUGGCCGCACAGUCGAACCGCAUGAAAAGCGUUCAAUUGUUAAGUGGUUUAACCAUCAGACGAGCUCCGCCCGAAAUGGGCUUAAGUGUGUGUUUUUAUUUUCAAGAGGAACCCUCUCAGACUGCACUCAAGACCCAUAGGGAGCCCAAAAAGGUUGUAAACAAUGAACCAAAUAAUGGAGCGAGCUUUUUAGCAAGAAGGGGUUAAACUGCUUUGACCGAGUGGCGUGGCGUUUAAUUGGCAGUCAAAUUAAUUGUUUUUCGUUGUGGUCAACAGUGUGGGGCGGUGCGUCUGACCGAUAAUUAUUACUUUGGGUUGGCGGGAUGUACAUACUGGGGAGAUGGAGGAACGGAGGAGACCGGUCACAAAUAAGCCGCAGCGUUGAAACUACGAAUUACUGUCCGAUUGGCAGUAGCUCAACGGAUUAUGUCACUUCGCAGCGCAGUGGCUGAUAAUUAGUUGAAAUCUAUUUUUAAUUAUGCUAUCAAAGAAGUUACAAUAUGGGUUGAAAAAAAUAAUUAUUAAAUAAAGCUAUAUUAUUGGAAAAUGCGCAAGCG